UAUAAAAGAAAAGUGUAAGUUUUGUGGUAAAAUAAAUAUUAUUUAUUUUGUGACAAGAAUUUGCAGUACAAAAAUCAGAGAAACAGUAACCUGAAGAAUAUUGAGUUGAAUUACGUAAAAGAUAUUACGUCAAAAAAGAAACGAUGUUUAUCACUAUAUUGUUAUUAUCCAUUUUUAUUUUAUUGGUGUAUAAUUAUUACGUGCAUCAUGGAAAAAAGGGCCGAUUGAUUAAUCUUAUACCAGGACCACCGAUUGAUCCAAUUAUAGGCAAUGCAAUUCAAUUCACUUCAAUUUCUGUAGAAGAACAAUGGAAGUUGCUGUGUACGUUAACUUGUAUGCCCGAGUAUUAUCCCAUUUUCAAACUCUGGUUAAUGUUCUAUCCCGUUGUAUCUAUUCGCCAUCCAGAUGAUUUAGAGACAAUAUUAAGUGGCACCAAACAUAUUGAGAAAAGUAUUAUUUAUGAGGCAUUAGAACCUUGGCUCGCCACAGGACUCCUUACUAGCGCAGGUGCUAAGUGGCAUUCGCGACGAAAAAUAUUGACACCUGCGUUUCAUUUCAAUAUAUUAAAUCAGUUUGUUGAGGUUUUGAUCAAGGAGGGCGAAUGCAUGACAAAAUCUUUGAAGGAUGCCAAAGAAACUGUUGUAAAAGAUUUAUUACCAUUUAUUAGUGAAUAUACAUUAAAUGCGAUAUGUGAAACUGCCAUGGGCGUUUCUUUGAAAAAUUUGGGCGAGUUUCAGCAACAGUAUCGAAACGCGAUUCACGAAAUAAUCGAAUUAAUAGUUUAUAGACUACUAAGACCUUGGUUCUCUAACACUUGGAUAUUUUCAUUGACUUUACCUGGAUUUAAGCAAAAAAGGAUCUUGAAAGUAUUACAUAAAUUUACAGAAAAAAUCAUCGCAGAAAGAAAACUUUAUCACGACCGCACGAAUGAUCAAUACUUGAAAAAUCUUGAAAAUAAUAAGAUGGAGAUUGAUGAUAUAGAAGUUUUUGGAAGUAUGUAUGAAUAGAAUCAGAGUUUCUAGUUUGAUUGCGCAAUAUAAAUUUUACAAAUCAUCCUUCUAGAAUUUAUGUCGAAUACAUAAUCACACGUAAUAAUUCAAAAUAUACUUACCGUAAAAUUUUAUUAUUAUUAU